AAUAUAUCUUAAUAUUAUGACAAAGAAAAUUCCACAUUUCAGUGCUUUGGUAAAGAAAACAGUUCAGAUAUAUAUUUGAAAGUCGAUUUGAUACGGGUACAUAUUCAGCAUAAACGGUUGAAAGCACAUCUAAUGUGUAUUCAAACUAGUAUAGGUGUAAAUUAAGGGAACGCACAUGCAGUUUAUCAGAAUGACAUCGACAAAAGAGUUAUUAAGAACUGGUUUCCAUAGAAUCUGGAGACCACAUAGUGGAAAGUUGAGCAAUUUAACAGAUAUACCAGGAGAACAACAGUAUAUGGAGUGCGGUAACUUAGCAACCGUUAUGCAUCUCGAUACAUCACUCGAGUGCUUUAGAAAUGAAAAAUUAGAAGCAAAAACAUAUAAAGAGUUUUCAGUUCUUGAAUCACAAGAUAUUAAUGCUGUGUGUUUUUACUGCGACGGUGCAAAUUCCGAAAAUGAAGAUUUCAACAAAAAUACUUUUUACGAUAAGUCCUUGCACGGAGGUGUCAAGUUUAUGGUUGACGCCAAAUAUAUGAUGAACGAGGUCUCAAACUGGAAUAUUUAUUUCAUUGAAGUAAUUGACAUGGAUUUAUAUUCUGUUGCAAGACUUUUAAUUACUACUGCGCAAUACGAAACUUUUCAUAAACUUGAUAUCUAUACUAAAAAUGCUCCUUUGUAUCAAGACAAAAAUAAACUAUACUGCUUAUCUUGUCAUGAGAACUAUAAUGGGAAGAUAGUAAAAUAUCUUGUUGAAAUAAUAAUUGAAGACGAGGUGUUGACAAAAAUUAAAUUUUGGAACGAAUUGACUGUUUCCGCCAUUAAGCACGAGGGAAAUCGACGAUUCAAAUGUAAACGAGUGUUAGAUCGAGAGAGGAGUAUGUGCAUGCUUGUGUCUAAAGAAGACUGCUUGGCAGGCAUAAUUGCAUGGAUGGUAGUACGUAAACGUCUCAAUGUUUAUAACAAAUUUGAUUAUGCUACAAAACGUCGCUUGUCAGCCGUGCAUUCAGUAAUAAAGACUAAAUAUCCUUCCAGAAUUCAAGUAUCAGAUGACGAUGAUUCACAGAUGAGUAUUAGUGAUAUUGAAUGUGAGAGUGAGAAUAGUAGUAUAAGUACAGACAAUAGUCUACAUUUUGAUUUGGAUACUAAACUAAAUGCUGUUUGUGAUUACAUAGCAAACACGUUUUAUUUCUCCGAUAGUUCAAUAGAUGUAACAUCGCUGCAGUGUGCUCUCGAAAAUUGUGAUUUGAAUGUAACUUUUCCCACAAAGACUGAAAUAAUGGCAUGUUUAGUUUUAGUUCUAAAGUCUGUUAAUGAUCCUCUUUUAUUAUACGAAGAAAAAAAUAGGCGGAAAAUACUAUUAGGUAUGAUUCCGUGUGUAAGGUUCGUUAAACAAAAGUAUCAAUCACUUUCAGAAUGCAAACACAAAUGGUGUGUACAUGACGAUUAUAUAAAAUGCCCGGAUGUUGAACGCACGCUUUAUGGAUACCUUUUGUACACUUUAGAACGAUGGCAAAACGAAGACCAUCAGAUUUAUAUAAUAGAAAGCAAGACAUAAUAUAUAUAUAUAAUGCUAAAUUGAUUAUUUCAAAACUGUCGUGUAAAUAUAUAUAUAUAUACCAUAAUGUGAUUCAAACAAAUUUUACAUGACUUUUUGUAAACAUCUGAAUUAAUUGUUGUUGUUGCUACGACAGCAAGAAAGUUUUUAAAAGUAAAUGUUUUAAACUAUCAAUCAUUACACUAUCUACAUUCAAUGUUUACAAUAAACGGGAAAUAAUUCCU